GCCCCCAGCUCGGUGAUGCUGCGCCUGGCUCAGGUCUUUCUUAGGGGCGGGGUGGACCAGAUGACCUUUUUCAACCCUUUGCCCUGGAACCAAGCUUCCUGCACCGUACCCAGAGCCGGCGCCGCCAUGCCCAAGUGCCCCAAGUGCGACAAGGAAGUGUACUUUGCCGAGCGGGUGACCUCGCUGGGGAAGGACUGGCAUCGGCCCUGCCUCAAGUGCGAGAAAUGUGGCAAGACGCUGACCUCCGGAGGCCACGCCGAGCAUGAAGGCAAGCCCUACUGCAACCACCCCUGCUACGCAGCCAUGUUCGGGCCCAAAGGUUUCGGCAGGGGUGGCGCUGAGAGUCACACUUUCAAAUGAACCCAGGUGGCACAGACCCUUUUCCUGGCCUUGCUUGGAGCAUGGCCCCUGAGGGCUCAUUCCAGGCGGACCUGUUCCCGGAGACUCCGGAGAUUCCGUGUCCUCAGUGAACCCUCAAUAAACCUGAGCACUGGGAAG